AAUACUACUUAAAAAACUACCUCAAACGAAUUGCUUUGUAUCUCUCUCUCCAUAAGCAUAAACACUAACAACAAAAUUAAGUCUAUCCAUUUAACAGAUCCACCAUCCCAUCCCAUCCCAUCCCAUCGAAGAAGAAACCUUCGUCUCUCCAUUUCUAACGAAUUUUGCAAUUUUGCAAUUGCAACAAGAUCUCUAGCAAGAUGGCGACGAUCGACGAGCCUCUAUACCCGAUCGCCGUUCUAAUCGACGAGUUAAAAAACGAGGACAUUCAGCUCCGAUUGAACUCAAUUCGUCGCCUUUCUACCAUCGCUCGUGCCCUCGGCGAGGAGCGAACUCGCAAGGAAUUAAUUCCUUUCCUAAGCGAGAAUAACGACGACGACGACGAAGUGCUUCUCGCUAUGGCUGAUGAAUUAGGAGUUUUUAUUCCCUAUGUUGGCGGUGUUGAGUAUGCCAAUGUGCUGCUUCCGCCUCUCGAGACGCUCUGCACCGUCGAGGAAACUUGUGUUAGAGAUAAAUCAGUCGAGUCGUUGUGUAGAAUCGGAACACAGAUGAUAGAGCAAGACUUAGUUGACCAUUUUAUUCCGCUCGUCAAGAGAUUGGCAGCGGGUGAAUGGUUUACUGCACGGGUUUCGUCCUGUGGUUUGUUUCAUAUUGCUUAUCCCAGUGCUCCAGAGACUUUAAAGACUGAAUUACGAGCCCUAUACAGUCAGCUUUGUCAAGAUGAUAUGCCCAUGGUUCGUAGAUCUGCUGCCACUAAUCUAGGAAAGUUUGCUGCUACUGUUGAGCCUGUUCAUUUGAAGACUGAUAUCAUGUCUAUAUUUGAUGAUUUGACUCAGGAUGAUCAAGAUUCUGUUCGAUUAUUGGCUGUUGAGGGUUGUGCAGCUCUUGGAAAAUUGCUGGAACCCCAAGAUUGUGUGGCGCAUAUCCUUCCAGUCAUAGUUAAUUUCUCACAGGAUAAGUCUUGGCGUGUUCGCUACAUGGUUGCAAAUCAAUUGUAUGAGCUCUGUGAAGCUGUUGGUCCUGAGCCUACCAGGUCUGACCUGGUUCCUGCAUAUGUUCGGCUACUUCGUGAUAAUGAAGCUGAAGUACGUAUAGCUGCAGCAGGAAAAGUAACUAAGUUUUGCAGGAUUUUGAAUCCAGAAGUUGCAAUUCAGCAUAUUCUUCCUUGUGUAAAAGAUUUAUCCACAGAUUCAUCCCAACAUGUUCGUUCUGCUUUGGCUUCUGUUAUAAUGGGAAUGGCUCCUGUUUUGGGGAAGGAUGCAACAAUUGAGCAGCUGCUUCCAAUUUUCCUCUCUCUCUUGAAAGAUGAAUUUCCUGAUGUUAGAUUGAAUAUUAUCAGCAAACUUGAUCAAGUCAAUCAGGUGAUUGGAAUUGAUUUGCUUUCCCAAUCUCUAUUGCCAGCAAUUGUGGAGCUUGCAGAGGAUAGACAUUGGAGAGUUCGGCUUGCAAUUAUAGAAUACAUACCAUUGCUGGCAAGUCAGUUGGGAGUAGGGUUUUUCGAUGAUAAGCUUGGUGCUCUGUGCAUGCAAUGGUUGAAAGAUAAGGUUUACUCAAUUCGUGAUGCAGCUGCUAACAAUGUGAAGCGCCUUGCUGAAGAAUUUGGCCCAGAUUGGGCAAUGCAGCACAUAGUUCCUCAGGUUUUGGACCUGAUUAACAACCCACACUAUCUGUAUCGGAUGACCAUUUUACAUGCAGUUUCUCUACUCUCUCCCGUAAUGGGGUCGGAAAUUACCUGUUCCCAGCUUCUUCCUAUUGUCAUCAAUGCAUCAAAAGACAGGGUACCCAACAUCAAAUUUAAUGUGGCUAAGGUGUUGCAAUCACUUAUUCCUAUAGUUGAUCAGUCUGUUGUGGAGAAGACAAUUCGUCCAUGUUUGGUUGAGCUAAGUGAGGACCCAGAUGUUGAUGUAAGAUUCUUUGCUACUCAAGCACUACAGUCAAGUGAUCAUGUCAUGAUGUCUACCUAGAUCGAUGUUUUAAUUAGGCCCUUUUUUACAUUCUUGUUUCCCUUCCCCCUUUCGAUUCAGUUCAAUUAACUAACAGAUUUGUGUAAUGUGUUAGCUAAGGUUCUAUAGUUUGUUCCUGUCAAAUGAUACGUUCUUUUGAACGAUUGCAUGUCUAUUUAUCAGAAAUGUCUUGAAACGGAUAAGCAUCUUGUAUAA